ACUUCCCCUGCGGGAUUGACAACAAGCCGAGUGGAUCCCUAAAACUAACAGACCGACAUUGAAUUCGCCGAACUCGAUUUAACUCGGUUUAUAUUUGAACAACUAAUUAAAACAAUUCCCACUUUCACUCGCCCAUUGCGACGCGUCUGCCUAAUAAGCAUCUGCAAGAUUCGCACUAAGCUACAUGGUCAUCAUGGGGCAGUGCUAUGAUACAUGGGAGCCAGUUAAUUGCCAAUGAUGUCUUUUGGAAGUUCAGAGAUCGCCGGAAAUGCCCUGAGAUCUUCCAAAGCCUUGCGCAUGACACUCCCCUUGUGCCGUUGGACAGGACAGGCUUUGAGAAUGACCGCCACACCACCUAAAUCUCAAGUAUGGCACCCUACUCGGGGCAUCUCCUUCUCAUCCGUUGCGCAGUCGCCAAACUUGGCGCCGCAAGAUUCAAAUGGCUUAGAUGCUUCUCUGUACCCGAAAAUUGAGAAGCUAUCGCUGUCGAGUGUAAAGCGUAAAACACGGAAGUUGAAAGCAGUUGCUCUCGAAGCAACUGAAACUAUAGAGGAGAGUUCCGAUAUUGUUCUCACAGAUGAGCAAACAGACUUAUCAGAGGCAAAAGUCUCUGACGAACCUCCCGUUGCUACUUUGCCCUUCAAAAUGGUGGAUGACUUGUUCUACGCUGCUAAAAAGGCACCCGCUGGCACGGCUGCUUCAUAUUGGUCAUAUACCCAGUAUCGGGGAAUGGCACAAGAUGGCACAGAGCAGAAGGUAAAAGUUCACUACUGUCGAAGCAGCUAUACAAUGGAAAAAGUCUGCCAGGAAUACUUCUCGAAGGAACAAAUCCUUGGCUUCGAUCUAGAAUGGGCCGCCGACUCUUAUAAGUGGGAAAGCCUCAAGAAGAACGUCUCUUUAAUCCAGCUGGCGAGUCCCAGCCGUAUUGGGCUCUUCCACGUCGCUCUCUUUCCCGACAGAAGUGACAUGGUCGGGCCCUCGUUCAGGGCUAUUAUGGAAAGCCCAUAUAUUACAAAGGUCGGCGUUAAUAUUAAGGCGGAUGCAACAAGGAUACGCAAUUUCUUGAACAUAGACUCGAAAGGGCUCCUAGAGCUAAGCCACCUUUACAAGCUCGUUACCUACUCUGCCGAAGGGCGACACCGCGAAAUCAACAAGAAACUUGUGCCCCUGGCAACACAAGUAGAGCAAUAUUUACAUCUACCCCUCUACAAGGGUCAGGACGUCCGGACAAGUGACUGGACGAAACCUCUGGAUAUGGAUCAAGUCACUUAUUCCGCAUCAGAUGCCUAUGCCGGAUUACAGCUUUUCGCUACUCUUGACCAUCACAGACAACAGCUCAACCCUUGCCCGCCUCCCCCAUAUCAUGCAGAGCUCAACCUUCCUAUCCGGCUAACAGACGGGUUGGAACUAUCUACGGAUGACGAACCCGUCGUUGACACGGUGGUAGAGACAGUCGUCGAAGCCACUGCAACCGUAACCGUGAAAUCCAAAACCACAGCCUCUAAACGGUCAUCGGCCCCUAAGGACUCCCGGGUCGAAAUCGCCGAAGACCGUGUCGCGCGGUACCGCGCCACGCACCCCGAGGCGCUCGCAUCCACCCCGCAGCUUCGCGCGUAUUUCAUGUGGCAUAGCCAAGGCCUUAAUCCCCGGACUAUAGCGCAGUUACUACGGGACCCGCCUCUAAAGGUCAGCACAGUUACUAUCUAUAUACUUGCCGCGAUCGAGCACGAGAAGCUACCCGUAGAUAAGGAGCGGCUAAACCAGGAGAUUGCGGGCAUGGUUUCGACGAACUCGGUGUGCUUGCGGUGGCCGCAUGUCGCUGAAAUCUUGGGUCUCGCGGAUGUAUCUAGUUGAUUUAACUGAUGAUAAAACGCGGUCGGUGGCUCUUUGGAUCUUUGAGGAUGAUGGUUUUGAUGCUGAGAGUCGUAGAUAGGACAUUUGGAAAGAGGGCAUUUUAUAUACCAACGGUGGAAGGGUAGUAGCUAUCUGUAUGCAUAAAUCAACCAACUAUACUCGAUGAAGGUUUAUGAAUAGAAUC